CGUGAAUAAAAUAGCAUAUUAUAAUACAUGUAUAUGUGCUAUCAUUUAAGCCGACGUUUAAUACAGUGUACAUGUACUUGAUUUUAUAUCAGUUCGGGUACACACAGAGAUAAACUUCAUAUUCGAUAGGUCAUAGUGAAACUUCAGACUAAAAUGCGUUACACUGAAACGGGUAUAUGCAUGUAUACAAGAAUCAAAUGUUAAAAGAGGAGAUGGUACAUGUGUGCAUGCUUUAAAAGAACUUUUAACUUUCUUAAUUAAUUUGCUCUAUUUUUUUUAAACCACUGUGGAUUAUUGAAGCAUUAACUCACGAUUCGUGUUGAAAUAAUGACUGAAUCAAACAACAACGAAUCAUCCAAUAUAAAGCUACAGGAUCCAGACGAGGAACUGAAACCACGUGUGUCUAAAAAUGCAAUCCCCGAACUUGUACACAGACUGUAUGGAUUGAAGGUAAAGGAUAUAAAAGAGUUACCAAGCUAUGACGACCUGAACUUUUUCGUGUUAGCAGACGACAAAUUUGAAAACAAGAACAUUCAAUCGGUGAACAAGGAUGGAUAUGUCCUAAAAGUUCUAAACUCACUGCAGUCAUCAAGUCCCGGCAUCAUAGAUGCCCAGCAUGCAUUGUGUCAAUAUGUUCGAGAACGAGGGGUGGCCACUCAAGUACAGAUACCAAAUAAUGAUGGAAAAGAUUGGAGUUUGGAGACGUUUCAAGAUAGUGAAAAUACGCCAUCUACAAAGCAUGGACCUUAUUUAGUUAGACUGGUGACAUUCGUUCCGGGUAAAAUAUUCCAUCAAACUCCAUAUGUACCUGGAUCAUUCUACAAUAUUGGCUUGUUUGUGGGAAGACUCCAUAAAGCCAUGACAGGAUUUCAUCACAGUUUCUAUGACAAUUAUACAAUGAUUUGGAGCUUAGAACAAAUACCUGUUCUCAAAGACUUUCUUAAAGCGGUCACAAGCGAAGAAGACGUCGUCAUUGUUCAAGAAGUUCUUAAAGACUUUGAAGAAAAUGUUGUGCCAAAUUAUGACAAGUUUACGAAAGGAGUAAUUCAUGGGGAUCUGAACGAACAGAAUGCAAUAAUGGUCGAGGUACCAGGACAAGAAAAUGUACCACUUAAUGAACGUGUUCAUGACGUCAGUGCCAUGCUUGAUUUUAAUGACGUCACUGAUUCAUACACCGUGUUUGACGUCGCUAUCUGCAUUGCUUAUAUUAGUAUUGACUGUCCCGUGGAAAGACAGGCCGAUGUGGGUGGCCAUUUUCUUGCCGGUUACUAUAAGACAUGUUCACUCAACGCGCAUGAAUUUGAAGCCUUAAAAACAAUUAUUUGUGCGCGUCUGUGUCAGUCUCUUGUUUUUGGAGCGCAUUCAUACGCCCAACAACCGUGGAACACUUAUUUGUUAACUACGGCUAAAGGUGGAUGGCCAUUGCUUCACAAACUGUGGAAAAUACCUACAAACGAACUAUAUUCAAGAUGGACGGAACUAAUACAACAAUAUAAAUAAAAUGAAUGUACAGUAUAGAUAACUAUCAUCAGGGUGGGGGCAUAUAUCAUAUAUCCUGUAUAUAUUUGUACCAUUCUGUUAUAAAUGGUAUUAAAAUAAAUUAACUUCA